CAAUGAAACACGUACUUUGUCAACAUUAUUGGUCUCGUCCUCGACUUGUUUUCUAUCCUGUUCACCAGGUCUGGACAGCCUAUCUGCCAUGUCUCAGCAGGCCAAUCGGCAUACUGGUGCAGGGUCCUCCGCAAAGGGUGGCAAUAUGUCGCGGUCGCAUAUGGAGAAGGAACGAUUGGCGAGAGUUGAAUCCGGAGCGAACAAGACGAGCUCUUCCAACUCUUUGACACCCAUCAAAGCUUACCUCGUCCUGUACAACCUCAUCUCAACCCUACUCUGGGGAUACAUUCUCGUGCUCACCAUCACCCACUUUACGGCCGUUCCACCUUCUGAACGACACGCCAAGCGAGGUCCUCUAUCUCUCAGUCGGAUACUUCAAACGACCACCGCGACACUCCCACACACUGUAUCUGGGUACAUUGCUCGACUCUCUAACGCUGGGUCCGACCGGCAUUUGAAAGAAUGGACGAUUUGGGUCCAGACAUUAGCUGCGUUGGAAGUAGUCCAUGCUUUACUUGGCUGGGUCAGGAGCGGUGUCGGCAUCACUGCGGCGCAGGUCGCCAGUCGUCUGUGGACAGUUUGGGUCGUCAUGGCGAGGUCGCCAAAAGUAGCUGAGAACCCCUUGUUCUCCACCAUGGUCUUCGCUUGGUCCCUUGCAGAAGUCAUCCGAUACUCGUUUUAUGCAACUCAACUCCUCGGUUUCAGGAUCCCAGGGCACAACUAUCUCAGAUAUACCCUCUUCAUUGUCCUGUACCCUCUCGGAGCCUCAUCUGAGGCCCUGUUAUCCUUCUCCACUCUUCCUCCCCUUUUCACUUGUCCCCUGAUUCCCAAUUGGGUCAAGGAGCUCUCUCCCAUGGGAUACAUCUACUCUCGACUGCCUACCAGUCUCGCGACUCGAGCGCUGAAAAGCCCUCUGGGAAGGCGAUUGAUUUGGAACAUGGCAAAAGCCAAGACAAAGGCCAAGGUCUUUGGAACGGCUCAAUGGGGGACGCUGGACUAUGCAUGCCUCGUUUUGUUUUUCGUUUGGUGGCCGAGUCUAUACGUACUCAUGAGUCACAUGUUCGUGCAACGUCGCAAGGUCCUUGGACCGGGAAGACGCGUCGGAGAGCCAGUCAAGGUCAAGGUCACUUGAGAAGGAAUGUGCUUCACUGAACGGGUAGUGGUCCUGUGUCUGGAACAGUGCGUGUCCGACGAAAGAUGGGCAUGAAUCACAACAAGUCUAU